ACGCACAUCAGAAUGGGCGUCGCCAGGCUCGUGGUCUUCCUCCUGGUGCUCUCGCUUUGCCUGGAGGGAGCUGAUGCCAAAGAGAAAGGAACGAAGAGGGGGAAAACCAAGGGGAAGCAGGUGUACUGUCCAUCACAGCUGUCAUCCGAGGAUCUGGCCCGAGUCCCUGAGAACUCCACCAGUAACAUCUUGAACAGGUUACUGAUCACCUACGAUCCCAGAAUCAGGCCCAACUUCAAAGGGAUCCCCGUGGAAGACAGAGUCAACAUCUUCAUCAACAGCUUCGGCUCCAUCCAGGAGACGACCAUGGAUUACAGGGUAAACAUCUUCCUGCGGCAGCGCUGGAACGACCCCCGGCUGAAGCUUCCUCAGGACUUCAAGUCGGAUUCGCUCACCGUAGAUCCCAAGAUGUUCAAGUGUCUCUGGAAGCCCGACCUGUUCUUCGCCAACGAGAAGAGCGCCAACUUCCACGACGUCACCCAGGAGAACAUUCUCCUCUUCAUCUUCCGUAAUGGAGACGUCCUCAUCAGUAUGAGGUUGUCUGUCACCUUGUCCUGUCCACUGGACCUGACACUGUUCCCCAUGGACACACAGAGGUGUAAAAUGCAACUAGAAAGCUUCGGCUACACGACGGACGACCUGCAGUUCAUGUGGCAGACGGGAGACCCUGUGCAAAUGGACGCCAUCGCUCUGCCGCAGUUUGACAUCAGACAAGAGGACAUUGAUUACGGGAACUGCACCAAAUUCUAUGAAGGAACAGGGUACUACACGUGUGUAGAAGUCAUCUUCACCCUACGGCGACAAGUGGGCUUCUACAUGAUGGGAGUGUACGCCCCCACGCUGCUCAUCGUGGUCCUCUCCUGGCUUUCCUUCUGGAUCAACCCCGACGCCAGCGCUGCCAGGGUCCCACUGGGGAUCCUCUCCGUCCUCUCGCUGUCCUCUGAGUGCACCUCCCUGGCGCAGGAGCUUCCCAAAGUGUCCUACGUCAAGGCCAUAGACGUCUGGCUCAUCGCCUGCCUGCUGUUCGGCUUCGCCUCGCUGGUGGAGUACGCCGUGGUUCAAGUGAUGCUCAACAGCCCGAAGCGCAUCGAGGCCGAGAAGCUCAAGAUGGCGUCCAAGGAGAAGGCGGAGGGAAAGAGCCCAGCUGCCAAGAACAACACGGUCAAUGGGACCGGAGGGACGCCGCUUCAUGUCAGCACCCUGCAUGUGGCGGAGACGCGCUGCAAGAAGGUGUGCACCUCCAAGUCGGACCUCCGCACCAACGACUUCAGCAUCGUGGGCUCGCUCCCGCGGGACUUUGAGCUGUCGAACUUUGACUGCUACGGGAAGCCCAUAGACAUCAGCUCUGCUCGCGCCAAAGCCCUGGCCAAGCACCACAAGAAACUCCCUCCCCCGAAACCCGUCAUCCCCUCCGCGGCCAAACGAGUCGACCUGUACUCCCGAGCCCUCUUCCCCUUCUCCUUCCUCUUCUUUAACGUGAUUUACUGGUCCGUUUACUUGUGA